AUGGCCGACGACGCGCCCACGACCCUGUUCAGCGACCUUGAGGAUGUGCCCGAGUCGCCGCGCGUGACUCGGCGAACAAUUCUGCGCAAGCGCUCAACAAAAUCCACGAGCAGCUCGGCCCCAGCGACUCCUCGAACGCCCGCUGUGCGCGAGCAUGAAGACCGUGACGCAGCCCCACCAGCUGUUGGCUCGCUUGCUUCAGGUCUCUGGCACAUUUUGAGUCUGAACAGCUUCCUCGUCGCUGUCGGGUUUGUCCUCUUCCUCAUCGCCGAAUUUGGCACCGACUCCCCCGGCCUUGAGGACACGCUGGCCAUGAUGGGACUCCUUAGUGCCGCCACGGGCAUUGUCAUCACGUAUACGCGCGGCGGUUCCCAGGCCCACACCAACUGGACCCACUUCCAACCCUUGCAGGGCGGUGUCCGCUUUGUCGCUCUGCAAAUAUCAGCCUGGACUCUCUUCUUCUUCUUUCUUGCCGCACCCAUCAUGCCCUUUGGACUUGCCCUCCUGUAUCCGAGCUUGGCCCUGCGUGGUCUCAAACUCGGCGCUGGCGUCCUAGCGCUGCUCACCCAAAUAGUAAUGAUUGCAAGCUUGCUGACAUACUACAAACCGGGCACCGAGCCAUCUAGUACAGGGUCCCAAGAGCCCGGCCAUUCAAUUCAUCGGGAUGUCAUCGCCUUUUUACAGUCUGUGCAAGGCCAUCGGUGGUGGCUGAGCUUCAUGGGCCUUCAGGUGCUGCUAGCGACAUCCGGCCUUGGUGUCGCGGUUAUGGCCGAGGCUUAUGAAGGAACCUCGGCCGCAGUCCUCGUCUUUAUCGCGUUUUGCUGUUUCUCCUUCGCCCUCUUCCUCACCUAUGGUAUCGGCGGCCUCUGGAAGCACCACAAGCGCCAGUGGACCUUUUAUCAGCCUUUUGUUGGCGGUGCCGUUUUUGUUCUGCUACAGGUAAUUUAUGAUGGCCGUACUCCGCUGAGCCGAGCUGAUCGUCAUAUCUUUGGGUUCUCCCCCCACGGCAUUUUCCCGAUCACAGCCGCCUAUGGCACACGCAGCCGCGCAGUCACGCUGGCUGGCUUUCGGGCCGGGCUGCGUCGCAAGGGUUCGGUAUUGCUUGUACCGGGUGGUCAGCUCGAAAUGCUGUUCAGCGACUCACGCAAAAAGGACAUUUAUAUUGACAGCUCGCACAAAGGCUUCAUCAAAAUUGCACUGCGGGAAAAGUCCAAGGACCCUUUGCGACGUCAUUACUUGGUACCGGUGUACUCUUUUGGCGAGCCGGCGGUGCUGGAUAAUAUUCGAACACCUCUUUGGUUGCAGCGAUGGGUCACCAAAACCUUUGGAGCCAACGUGAUUUUUGUUCCCUAUGGUGCAUACGGGUUGCCUGGUGUGCCUCGUCCCGCGAAGGUGACCUUGUUAGUCGGCGAGGCUGUGGAAGUGCCCUACGUGGCGCGGCCUUCGGCACGUCACGUCGACUUGCUGCAGCAGCGUUACCUGCACUCGUUACAAACGGCCUUUGAACGGCACAAGCGCCAAGUCCAAGGUCAUCACCAGGACGAUCGGCUCGAGAUUCAGCCCCCCGUUUGCUUGCUCUCACCUGAGGACUUUGAUGCAGCGUGGAAGGUCCUCGAGAGGGAAGUUAUCACACAGGAGGCUCGCAACAAGCCCCAGCGUACCAGCACGCUGGAGUUUACCUGGAUGGGUCUUCUGCUCAGUGUGCUGUUUUGGACUGUGGUGCUUUUGGCAUAUGGGCCGGCUUUCACGCCCGAUGUGGUUGGGUCAAACUUGACUGUUGCCGAAUGA